AUGAAGAAGUUUGGAUACAAACAGAGUAACUUUGAUCACACUCUGUUUGUCAAGCAGAAAAACAGCAAGGUAACAGUGCUUAUAGUGUAUGUUGAUGAUAUGAUAUUGACUGGUGAUGACACAGAUGAAAUGCAAGCAUUAGAAGCUCAGUUAUCAACUGAAUUUGAAAUGAAGAAUUUGGGUCAACUUAAGUAUUUUCUAGGAAUUGAAGUAGCUAGAUCUGAUCAAGGUAUAUGCUUAUCUCAGAAAAAAUAUGUACUUGAUUUGUUGAAUGAAACUGGAAUGCUAGCCUGUAAACCAGUAGAUACUCCAAUAGAAAUGAAUCAUACCCUUGCAGUUUAUCCUAACCAAUUACAGGCUGAUAUUGGGAAGUAUCAAAGACUUGUUGGAAAAUUAAUUUAUCUAGCACACACUAGACCUGACAUCUCAUAUGCAGUGAGUGUUGUGAAUAGAUUUAUGCAUUCUCCAAGUGAUGAGCAUAUGAAUGCAGUGUAUAGGAUACUUAGAUAUCUGAAGGGAGCUCCUGGGAAAGGACUACUAUUUACAAGAAACCAAAACUUAUCAAUCAAGGGAUACACCGCUUCUGAUUGGGCCAGAGACAAAACUACAAGGCAGUCAACCUCUGGAUACUUUACUUUUGUGGGAGACAACCUAGUUACUUGGAGAAGUAAAAAACAAAAUGUAUGGCAAGGUCUAGUGCUGAGGCAGAGUUCAGAGGAAUGUCUCAUGGAAUUUGUGAACUACUAUGGAUAA